UGCAAGUUAUCCGAGCCUUGAGCGCCCACAAAUCACUUUGUCACCAGCGAGCUCUGACAGGCAGCAGGAGAGAGGCAGCGCAGCAGCAGUUCCAGAGUCGCCUCCGAGGCCGGGAGCUGUGUCAGAGAGAGCGGCACGUGAAGUGAUUCCCGUGGAUGAGACGGAGGAAAAGAGAAAGAAGGAGACAAGACUAGGAGCUGAACUCCCCCCAAACAAGCGUGGGCUGAGACGGACAGUUGCUCCUGCUGCUGUGGUCGCAGCUGCUGUGUCUGGAUGGUUGAUCCCGUGUGAGGGGAAGGUGUGUCAGGCUGUGCAAGACUCGCCCCGCAAGGACAGAGUUUCCUUAAACGUCUGCUACAGAACCCGCCGGGGGGUUGUGUUGAUCUUAGACUCGACUGCACGGCAGUUAUCAUGUUCUCUGAGGAGAUGGUGAAGCAGGCAUGAGCCAGAGGCACCGAGAGCCUUUUCUGUUGUACUGCAGCAGCGGACAGAUCACAUGCUGUUAUCAGUGACAAGAAAAAAGAGGUAGUCAGAGAGCAGAGAGCAGUACAUGUCUGUCACAUGUUCUGCCAACAGGCUGAAGGUUUGUAGCUGAUCUCAGAUGAGUAAGUUAAUGUUCAGCUUUUAGGUUCCGGGCUGUUCUCCGUUUCCUCUUCACGGGGGAUAGUGGAUUAACUCCAGACUCUCUCAAACCCCCACCGACGUUCAUCCGAGCUGUAAAGGAAGCCAGAGGUCAUCUGAAACUUCACAACUGAGAAAGCGUAGCGCUUUUUUCUCUCUCUCUCUCUCUCUCUCUCUCUUUCUUCCUCGGAGACCUUUUUCCAGAAUGCAUAUUCACACAUGACAGCCGGGAAUGAUCAACGAACAUACCUCGCGGCUGUAGGAGAACAGGGAGACGUGUCAGGUUGAGAACCUCAGACGCAGAGAGAGAAACACCUCGGCGCCGACGGCAAAGCCAUCGGCUCUCUUCACAUUCACUUGACAUGUCAUGUUCUCUCUGAGCUGACACGUGGAAGCGGGUUUACACGGUUUAUGCUCAACGUUGCAGGUGAGAGGCUUGAAAACCAGGACCGCUGCCACAUUGCUUUGGACCGAUGGGUGCUGGAGAGACCUUGUGAACGGAACUUUCCUUCUUUCUUUAGCACUUGACAGCUUCUGGACUCACCUCAGUGCGUAGGACGUCACCGGGUCACCUGUGCGGCUGAGUCAGAAGCCGUGUCUGCUGGGAUUUUCUCCACCUGUUUGAGGAGACACGAGGCUGCAGUAGUUGUGAUUCUUUCAGGACCGUCAACACUGCUGUAAUUGUUCUGUUGUGUGCAAACACUCUCUGCGUCAGUCGCACCUCUCCGCAGAGUGAUUCACUGUUCCCCGAGCAUCCCGGCCGGAGCCAGGCAGUAAAAAGGUAAAAGGGAAGGUGAGGGGGGAAACUCCUUCAAACAAGCACAGUGCAUGAAGCGGUCGAGGUGCACGGCUGUCACCAUGAAACCGGGCUUCCUGCUGCUGAUGGCCGUCCACAUGUGGGCCACGGCGGGCGCUAUGUCCACGUGUAAGACGGUGGACCUGGAGUUCUUAAGGACAAAGCGCAUCGAGGCCAUCAGGAGCCAGAUACUCAGCAAGCUCCGCUUACCGAAAGCGCCGGAGGACGCCGGAGAGGACAAGGACAUCCCCGACAACCUGCUGUCGCUGUACAACAGCACCAAGGACAUGCCGCAGGCGGCCGAGGACCAGACCCCGGUCUCCAUGGAGCAGGAGGAGGAGGAGUACUUCGCCAAGGUGCUGAACAAGUUCAACAUGACCAGAAAUAAUCGCACAGACAGCUUGAGGGAAAUGAUCUUCAACAUCUCGGAGAUACAGAAGAGCGUGGGGGAUUUCACCCUGCUGACCAGCGCAGAGCUUCGGAUGCUCAUAAGGAACACCAGGAUAAAAGACAAGCAACGGGUGGAGCUGUACUAUACUCUGGACUCCGCAACUCACUACCAUGCCUCCAAAUUUAUAAGCAAUCCAUGGAAAGACCAAUGGCUUUCAAUCGAUGUAACAGAACCCCUACGGAAAUGGCUCCAGAAGUCAGAGGCUGAACAGACCUUCCAGCUACGCUUAUUCUGCGAAUGUGGGGAGGCGAUCAGCAUAUUCAAUUUUGAUAUUUCCGGAACUGAGAACGUCCGGGGAGAUACAAGGAAUCUACAAUCUAUGACAGAGCAGCCGCCCUACAUCCUCACAAUGUCCAUCCCUCAGAACAUGAGCACCCAUCUCACCACGCGCAGGAAACGCUCCACCGGCUCACCCACCGCCUGUUCAGCUCAGUCAGAGGCUUGCUGUGUGGAGAAGAUGUACAUCGAUUUCAGGAAAGAUCUGGGCUGGAAGUGGAUACACGAGCCCACUGGCUACUACGCCAACUACUGCAAGGGCACCUGCAGCUACAUCUGGAGUGCUGAGAACAAGUACUCUCAGAUUCUGGCUCUGUACAAGCAUCACAACCCGGGAGCCUCUGCCCAGCCGUGUUGCGUCCCUGAGGUUCUGGAGCCGCUGACGAUCCUCUACUACGUGGGAAGAAAUCACAGGGUGGAACAGCUGUCCAACAUGAUGGUGACGUCCUGCAAGUGCUCCUAAACCUCGAUGGUGCCUCCUCUGGUCGGAGGGAGAUGGUGCAACAGUGGUGUCAUGGACCAAGUGGAGCAAAGCACUAUAAAUCAGCAGGAUAUCCAUUAAUUUCUUCUCUUAACCUCCGCCUUUAAACCGUGGACACACGGAAAACUAUGAACUUUUUUUUUUUAAUAUAGAUAUUUUACAUCAUUCUAAUGUAUAUACUUCUUCUUGUAUUGAUAAAAGCGUGUUUCUCAAAAUGAAUUAAUUUAUUUGUCCGAUGGACAGAUAUAAAGGCGUUGGUUUUCCUGAAGAAAGGAUCAAAAACAGUUUUUUAGACUCACAAACAAACAAGCAAACAAAAAAAGGCGGACAUAAAAGUGUGCGAGGACCAAACUAAUCCUGAUGGAAGAUUUGUUUUUUUAUUAUUUUAUUUUAUUUAAUCACAUGGGACAUUUCCGUUUGCCACAACAUCUUCCCGGAGAGGUUAACAGGUGUUAAAUUCCAGGUGGAAAACCGUGGUUGUUGGGGUUUCCCUGGAAGAAAACGCUGCAGGUGUUUUCAAACUCCACCAGAAACGAGAAAACAAGCUGCCGCAGGCGUAUUCUGACCCGGGGAAACUCCCGCCGACUGAGAGCUCCGCUCGUCCGCCCACUAAACACAUCACAUGAACCGUCCGUCUCCUUUUACAUGCCAAAUGAUUUUCACAGUGCCUUUCGUGUGUGUGUGUGUGUGUGUGUGUAUCAGCAUGUUUGUGUUGUUGAUAUCAUCUCAGAUAGUUCACAAAACGUCUUUAUCAGUCAAAGCUAAAAGAUAACCAUCAGUUCUGAGCGGCAACACCUCAGUUUCACCUUCUGUGAGAUGUCGAGCCAGCAUCUUUUAGCGAGAAACGUCCGGGGACGUCACAGUUGAACUUAGGCGUCAUUUCCGUGGUAAAUUAUUGCCUUUUUUCUCAGUUCUUGGUCUCAGAUUGAAGAUGAAGUUUCCACGAUAUUCUUGUACUAUCGGCAAUAAAUCGCCAUGUUUUCUCAGCUUUUUACUUGUGUUUAUAGUGCACUUGAUGGUAAAUUGUCUUUGUAAAUAAUGAAAAAAAAAAUAAAAUAAACAUUUUAAA